AUGGAAGUGAGUUCUAUUAUACAUUAUCAACAACUCCUGAUGACAAUAUUAUUAACCAUAUCAUGUAUAUUCAUCAAUAUACAGUCUUUAUGUAACAUUUCAAAGAGCACAGAUUUCCUGAAAGGACAGUUAUUCAAAGGAUAUGCCAGCUCAACAGAAGCUUUUAAAAAGAAUAUAGAUAUACUGAACAGGCAGUUAUUCAAAGGAUAUGCCAACUCAACAGAAGUUUUUAAAGAGAAUAUAGAUUUCCUGAAAGGACAGUUAUUCAAAGGAUAUGCCAGCUCAACAGAAGCUUUUAAAAAGAAUAUAGAUAUACUGAACAGGCAGUUAUUCAAAGGAUAUGCCAACUCAACAGAAGUUUUUAAAGAGAAUAUAGAUUUCCUGAAAGGACAGUUAUUCAAAGGAUAUGCCAGCUCAACAGAAGCUUUUAAAAAGAAUAUAGAUAUACUGAACAGGCAGUUAUUCAAAGGAUAUGCCAACUCAACAGAAGUUUUUAAAGAGAAUAUAGAUUUCCUGAAAGGACAGUUAUUCAAAGGAUAUGCCAACUCAACGGAAGCUUUUUAA